AUGAUGAAAUGGCAGCCCCGGAAGAAGGCAUACUUCCGACAGGGUGUUGCCCUUCAGUACCUUGGUCGCCAUGCCGACGCACUGGCCGCCUUUGCCUCCGGGCUGGCCCAAGACCCGAAGAGCCUCCAGCUGCUUGUUGGCAUGAUAGAAGCUGCCAUGAAGUCACCAUUACGAGAUUCUUUGGAGCCCACCUAUCAGCAGCUGCAAAAGAUGAAGCUGGACAAAAGUCCGUUUGUGGUGGUGUCUGUGAUUGGCCAGGAGCUGCUGACAGCAGGCCACCACACGGCCUCUGUUGUGGUACUCGAAGCUGCUUUGAAGAUCGGCACAUGCAGCCUCAAGCUACGCGGCUCGGUCUUUUCUGCGCUCAGCAGCGCCCACUGGUCCCUGGGCAACACAGAAAAGAGCACCGGAUACAUGCAGCAGGACUUGGAGGUGGCCAAGACAUUAGGUGACCAAACUGGGGAAUGCCGUGCUCAUGGAAAUCUGGGCUCGGCAUUCUUCUCUAAAGGGAACUACCGUGAAGCGUUGACCAACCACCGAAACCAGCUGGUUCUAGCCAUGAAGUUAAAGGACAGAGAGGCUGCUUCGAUGGCACUGAGCAGUUUGGGCCAUGUGUAUACAGCCAUUGGCGACUAUCCAAACGCCCUUGCCAGCCACAAGCAGUGUGUCCUGUUGGCCAAACAGUCCAAAGAUCAGCUGUCCGAGGCUCGAGAGCUGGGAAACAUGGGGGCAGUCUACAUUGCCAUGGGAGACUUUGAUAAUGCUGUGCAAUGUCAUGAGCAACAUUUGGGAAUUGCCAAGGCCCUGGAAAAUAAAAGAGAAGAAGCCCGAGCAUACAGUAACCUGGGCAGUGCCUACCACUACCACCGCAACUUUGACAAGGCCAUGUCCUACCACACUCACGUUCUGGAGCUUGCCCAGGAGCUAGAGGAAAAGUCCAUUGAGAUGAGAGCCUAUGCGGGGCUGGGACAUGCUGCCCGCUGCAUGCAGGACUUGGAGAGGGCCAAGCAGUACCAUGAACAGCAGCUGUCUAUAGCUGAAGGACUGAAGGACAGGGCUGCAGAGGGAAGGGCCUCCUCCAAUUUGGGCAUCAUCCACCAGAUGAAGGGGGACUAUGAGACCGCACUGAAACUCCACAAAACACACCUGGCCAUUGCUCAGGAGCUGAAUGACUAUGCUGCCCAGGGCCGGGCUUAUGGUAACAUGGGUAAUGCCUACAAUGCUCUUGGAGCCUUUGAUCAGGCUGUUCGCUACCACCGCCAGGAGCUGCAGAUCUCUAUGGAGGUCAAUGACCGUGCUUCACAGGCCUCCACCCAUGGUAAUCUGGCUGUGGCUUACCAGGCGCUUGGUGCCCACGACCGUGCUCUACAGCAUUACCAGAACCACCUCAACAUAGCUCGUGAGCUCAGAGAUGUUCAAAGUGAGGCACGGGCCCUGGGCAACUUGGGCAACUUCCACUGCUCACGAGGAGAGUUUCCUCAAGCUGUGCCCUACUACGAGCAGUAUCUUCGAUUGUCCCCUGAUCUCCAAGACAUGGAGAGUGAAGGUAAAGUGUGUCAUAAUCUUGGCUAUGCCCACUACUGCUUGGGAAACUACCAAGAUGCAGUAAAGUACUAUGAGCAGGACCUAGCUCUGGCCAAGGACCUUCAUGACAAACUGAGUCAGGCCAAGGCAUACUGUAACCUUGGGUUGGCUUUUAAGGCCCUAGGAGAUUUUACAAAGGCAGAGGAGUGCCAGAAGUACUUGUUGUCACUGGCCCAGUCCCUAAACAAUGCUCAGGCUCGCUUCAGAGCCCUGGGAAACUUGGGAGACAUAUUUGUGUGUAAAAAGGAUGUUGCCGGAGCCAUUCAAUUUUAUGAGCAGCAGCUGGCCUUAGCUCAUCAGGUUAAAGAACGAAGGAUGGAAGCGUGUGCUUAUGCUGCCCUCGGGGCUACCUAUAGACUUGUGCAAAAGUAUGACAAAGCCCUGGGCUACCACACCCAGGAGCUAGAGGUGUACCAAGAGCUGGGUGAUGUGGGAGGGGAGUGCAAAGCCCAUGGCCACCUAGCAGCUGUCUACAUGGCCCUAGGGAAGUACGCCAUGGCUUUCAAGAGCUACGAGGAGCAGCUGGAGCUUGGCCGGAGGUUGAAAGAUCCCGUUGUGGAGGCUCAGGUGUAUGGAAACAUGGGCAUCACAAAAAUGAAUGUUGGAGUGAUGGAAGAGGCUAUUGGGUACCUGGAGCAGCAGUUGGCUACUUUGCAGCAGCUCAGUGGAAAUGAGGCAGUAAUGGACCGGGGAAGGGCUUAUGGAAAUCUGGGAGACUGCUAUGAGGCUCUUGGAGACUUUGAGGAGGCCAUAAAGUACUAUGAUCAGUAUUUAUCAGUGGCGCAAAGUCUAAAUCGCAUGCAGGACCAGGAGAAAGCCUAUAGAGGCUUGGGCAGUGGGCACAGGGCAAUGGGAAAUCUACAGCAGGCUCUGGUGUGUUUUGAGAAACGACUAGUUGUGGCACAUGAGCUAGGGGAGUGUGGAGGCAAGGCUCAGGCGUAUGGCGAGCUCGGUGCGCUCCACAGUCAGCUGGGAAAUUAUGAGCAGGCCAUAUCCUGUCUGGAGCGUCAGCUGGCCAUCGCACGGGAGACCCGGGACAGAGUACUCGAGGGUGAUGCAAGCUGUGGUUUAGGCGCUGUAUAUCAAGCUAUGGGAGAAUAUGAGACCGCCCUGCGAUGCCACCAAAGUGAUCUGGAGAUUGCAGAAGAAGCCGGGAGCACCGCACGCCAAGCCCGAGCUUACGGCAACUUGGGUCUUACUUAUGAGUCAUUAGGAAACUACGAACGAGCGGUGGUGUUCCAGGAACAGCAUCUCAGUGUGGCGGCUCAGACUAAUGAUUUGGCGGCCAAGACACUGGCCUAUGGCAGCUUGGGGAGAACACACCACGCGCUGCAAAACUACUCACAAGCUGUCAUGUACCUGCAGGAAGGCCUGCGGCUUGCAGAGCAGCUGGCUCGGCGUGAGGACGAGGCUAAGAUCCGCCAUCGUCUGGGGCUCUCUCUGUGGGCCAGUGGGAAUCUGGAGGAGGCCCAACAUCAGCUUUACCGGGCAUCUGCUCUGUUUGAGACCAUCCGCCAUGAAGCCCAGCACAGCACAGACUAUAAGCUUUCACUGUUUGACCUGCAAACCUCUUGCUACCAGGCUCUCCAAAGGGUCCUUGUCAGCCUUGGCCACCACGAUGAGGCUUUGGCAGUGGCAGAGCGGGGUCGCACACGAGCGUUUGCAGAUCUCUUGGUGGAGAGGCAAACAGGCCAGCAGGACUCAGACCCCUAUACACCAGUAACAGUGGAGCACAUCUUGGACACAGUCAACAGCCAGAGGGCUUUGGUACUCUAUUUCUCUAUGGCUGCAGGCUACCUGUACAGCUGGCUGCUGGCACCAGGAGCAGGCAUCCUGAAGUUUCAUGAGGUGUACCUUGGUGAGAGUGUGUCAGAGGGUGUGUCAGACUUUCAAGAGGGAAGCGGCAGUGGAGUGGUCAGCGGCUCCUCACUGGAGCAACACAUUGCCAGUGCUCGUGAGGCUCUGGGAGUCGAGUCUUACUAUAGCAGGGGGUGUUCAAGCAGCGAGACGGAGAGUGAAGCCGGAGAUUUGCUGGACCAACAAUUUGAAGAGCUCAACAACAAGCUUAACUCGGUCACCGAUCCAACAGGCUUCCUGCGCAUGGUGUCUAGAAACAAUCUGUUCAACAGGAGUUGCCAAAGUAUGACCAGCCUGUUCAGUAACACCAUGUCUCCUGUCAAAGACGGGAACUCUUCCCUGCCUCGUCGCUCCAGCAACCUUGGAAAACCUCCACUUCGGGCACUUUAUGAUUUGCUCAUCGCCCCUAUGGAAGGAGGCUUGAUGCAUUCCAGCGGUCCGGUUGGCAGACACAGACAGCUGGUGAUGGUGCUGGAGGGAGAGCUGUACCUCAUUCCAUUUGCCCUGCUGAAGGGAAGCUCCUCUAAUGAGUAUCUAUACGAACGCUUCAGCCUCAUUGCUGUGCCGUCCAUCCAUGGCCUCGGAUCUAGUCAAAAGACUCACUCUCGGCGCCCUGGAACGGCCUCAUGUGGUGGUGUCUCAAUGGCAGCAGUUGUAGGAAAUCCUAGACUACCUUCACCUGUGAUGGACCGCUGGCUGUGGGGACCUAUGCCCUCUGCAGAGGAGGAAGCGCUCAUGGUCGCUGAGCUGCUAGGAUGCCAACCCCUGGCUGGCUCUUCGGCCACAAAGGAGAGGGUGAUGAGUGCCCUCACACAAGCAGAGUGUGCCCACUUUGCCACCCACAUUUCUUGGAAACUGGCUGCUCUUGUGCUCACCCCAAACCCCGAGGGUGUGCCUGGAGGGGCGAGUGCCAGCGUGGGAGUGGGAACAGUAGGCAGAGGAGCAGGCGGGCGGAGGGGCAGUGGUGGCCGAGGCAGGAAGGGCUCCGUUGGAAGUGGUUACACCAUCCCCGAGUCUCUCCACAUGCAGGAUGACAGCAGCGAUGUGGAGAGCAUCUGUGAUAGCCCGCCCCUCCAAGAGUUCCUUCUUACUGCUGCAGACAUACUGGACCUAAGGUUGCCCGUCAAGCUGGUUGUUUUGGGGUCCUACCAAGAGUCUAGCAGCAAGGUGACAGCAGAUGGUGUCGUGGGACUGACCAGAGCCUUCCUGGCUGCUGGUGCUCAGUGUGUUCUCGUGUCCUUGUGGCCUGUCCCCGUUGCAGCCUCAAAGGUUUUUGUCCAUGCCUUCUACUCUGCCCUGCUCAAUGGGACCAAGGCCAGUGCAGCACUGGCAGAUGCUAUGAAGACUGUCCAGAGUAGCAAGCAGUACUCGCAUCCCUCCAACUGGGCAGGAUACAUGCUCAUUGGUAAUGAUGUGAAGCUUAACAGCCCAUCCUCCCUAAUUGGCCAAGCUUUGGCUGAGAUUCUGCAAUAUCCAGAUCGAGCUCGUGAUGCUCUGAGAGUUUUACUUCAUCUGGUGGAGAAGUCUCUUCAGAGGAUACAGAACGGACAGCGUAACUCCAUGUACACUUCCCAGCAGAGUGUGGAGAACAAGGUGGGGGGGGUGCCCGGCUGGCAGGCCCUCCUGACAGCUGUAGGCUUCCGUCUGGACUCUGCAGGCACUGGUAUCCCUGCAGCCGUUUUCUUUCCUACUGCUGACCCAGGAGACAGACUCCAGCAUUGCAGCACCACUUUACAAUCCCUACUGGGUCUGCCACCCCCAGCGCUCCAAGCUUUGUGCAAACUCAUCACAGCUUCAGAGGCAGGGGAGCAGCUCAUCAAUCGGGCUGUAAAAAAUAUGGUGGCAAUGCUCCACCAGGUGCUAGUUCAGCUCCAGACAGGAGACAAGGAGCAGGAUUUCUCCCUCCUCCCCAUUCAGGUGUCCAUCAGUGUACAGCUGUGGAGACUGCCAGGUUGCCAUGAGUUUCUGGCGGCCCUUGGAUUUGACCUAUGUGAAGUAGGCCAAGAAGAAGUGGUGCUGAAGACAGGCAAGAUGGCUAACCGGCGCACCCUGCACUUUGCUCUACAGUCUCUGCUGGCACUGUUUGACUCCACAGAACUGCCCAAGCGGCUGAGCCUUGACAGCUCAUCCUCCCUGGAAUCUUUGGCUUCAGCUCAGUCUGUAUCUAACCCAUUGCCCAUUGGGUACUCGAGCCUUCCUUUCUCCCCUCCUUGCCUGGACAAUCAAGCAUCAGAUGCCAUUUCUGUCUAUAGUCUCAGCUCCGUGGCCUCUUCCAUGAGCUUUGCUUCCAAGUCAGAUUGUGAUUUCCUCAGUCACCGGCAGCGUGGCGGGGCCACGGCACACUAUUCGAUCCACAAACAUCAUCAUGUUCCUCGUAGUCGUUCAUCGCCUCACGGGGCAGCUGCUGCAGUGCCCGGAGCACGAGGGGAUGAAGAGGAAUAUGAAGGCUUUUCCAUUAUCAGCAGCGAGCCACUGGGAAGCCACUGUGACUCUCUGCCUUUACCACCAGGCCACGGCCAGCGACACCACCGCGGAGGCAGAGGGGUGGGUGGAUCCAGCACAGGGGCCGGAAGAGGCUACACAGUCUCCGUUUCAUCGAGGGGCAGUGUCAGCACGCCCACGUCUCCCGUCAAAACAUCCCUGGUCCCAAGCCCCAACUCCCCAUUCCAGAAAGUAGGUAAAGUGAGCAGCUCAGAUACAGGAGAAUCUGACCAGUCCAGUACUGAGACAGACAGCACUGUCAAGUCUCAGGAAGAAAAAACUGCCCCUCUUGAUCCUCAAGAGCUAGCCCAGAAGAUUCUGGAGGAAACCCACAGCCACUUGCGUGCUGUGGGUAGUCUUCAGCGCGCUGGGGCAGAGGGUGGGACAGCCGGUGGGACCUCAGCUCGGAGCAGCACAUUUCGCUCCUCUGAAACCAGUGCAUUCAGCCGUCCAAACAGCAGCGCUAGUGGACGAGGUCAGUCCUCCCCAAAGCCCAAACCUCCCUCCCGUUCUUCUUCUUUACAGAAGAUAAGUUCUGGAUACAAUAGUCCUGCAGUCUCCGAGUCUUCCCAAAAGGACGGCAGCCACCCUUCACCCACUCUGGACAGCCACGCCCAGUUCAAACUGAAAUACCCAAGCUCCCCAUACAGCGGCCACAUCUCUCGUUCCCCAAGCAAUGUUUCACCUAGUUCUGGUCACCAGUCCCCUGCUGGUAGCGCUCCAUCCCCUGCUCUGUCUUACUCCUCUACAGGCUCCGCCUGUUCCACAUCAGCUGAUGCACCAGAUUUGGACAGGCUACGAAGAGGAGUGAUUGAUGAAAAAGUUCAAGCUAUCCACAAUCUGAAGACCUUCUGGGCCAAUGCUGCAGCUCAACAACAGCAACAUCUCGGUCCUGUCAGGGCCAUCCACGGCGCUCCGGGACCUCUUGCUACUGCCAGUAGAGAUGUAUUGAGCCUUCUGAACCUUUCUCCACGCCACUGCUCCCCUAACGAUGCCCAAGACAGCCUGGAGCUGCGGGAGCUGGGGCUGCAGUCACUGGAUAGGGGCAGCAAGAACUCUUCCAAUGGACACCACUGCUCCAACUCUAGAAAAGUGACCCCAUCACCCACAAUUUCCACAAGCAGUAGCCCUGGUGCUCGUUCUAUUCGACUACCUGCUGGCAAUGGAUACAAGUUUUUGUCACCUGGACGAUUUUUCCCUUCUUCUAAAUGCUAAAAGAUGCAAAAUGGUCCUAUAAUUGUGUUUAUAAUGUACUUUCCUGAGUGCUGGAGGAGUAGGGCACUUUUUCAGGACCACUUGGUUCUCCAACUUGACUGAUAGAAGGAUUUCUUUGGCUAGUGAGUGUGUUCCUGCAGAGGCACAUGAAUGAUUUAGAGACUGUCUUGUCUUUGUGCCCAUAACACUGUAAAUGGCAAUGAGAAAUACUCAACGACCUGAUACUGUGUUUGUCUGUUACUGUGUGUCAGGUAAAUGUAAAUGCCAUUUGUUUUUGUUUUUUUGUUCCCAAAAACUUUGCAGUUUACGAGGGCCAAGAUGCAACAGUUAUGACUGAUAUCCUCCAUUCUAUUUUUGUUUUAAAAUUAAAUUGAUAUUGUUAUUAUUGUUUGUUAAUAUUAUAAUUAUUAUCAUGUUUUGUAAAUUAAUUUGUGUUUCACAAUCAGUAUUAAGCUUUUUUAUAUGAUUAAAGUGAACAAACCUGUACCGUGUAAAGAUGGAUUGAAUGGAAAAAAAGAUUAAUAUUUUUUAUUGAAAUCAAAAGGGCAUUUUGCCUGAUUUCUUUGUGAAUUAAGUGUCUGCUCUGAAGCAUGAAUUCUCUUGCUAUUCAGUGUUAAGAACCAUGUAUGAAUUUGUAGCCCAUGAUUUUUUGAGAUAAACGGAACGUUUCACAACAACCAUCUGUCAUUUAUCAGUAAACAGUUUCAAUAAAAACAUCACGUUUACUUUCUUGUACUUCUGGCUUAAUAUUAUUUAGAUGAAUUAAUGGACAGACGACCACAUGGACGGAAUGAGCUGCAUAAAGUUAUAUCUGUUUUGGAUUUGUAAAUCAAACUUUUACAAGGCUACGUUCAGUAAAAGAAGGCGUUCAAUAAAAAAGCUUGGAGCUGUCCAAUACAUUU